AUGCUGGGCUCUUACGUCUGCCGCCAGUGCAGAGCGCGCUUGAAUUCUCGCCGUGUACCUUCCAGAGUGCUUCAAUGGCAACCACGCGCCACGUUCAUCUCUUUGCGCGGCAAGCAGCCAGCGAACGACACUGCGCCGACCAAGGCGCCGACACAGCUGGACGACGCGAUUGCGACAGAAGACGACCAGCGACCUUCUUACAACCUGUUCGGCCAGACUCAAACAAGCAAUCAGCCUGUUAGUGCUCGACCUCAUCCGGUCGGAAGGUACUCGAGGCAUUUGCGCAAUGAGGGGGACGCUGCGCCAGAAGAUCUCAAUGCCGAGCCAGCAGAAGGUUCCAAGGACGCCGAAGAUGUUGGACCGGCGCAUACAUGGCUCAUUCGGGGACGUCUCAAGAAGCAGGGGGUCAACGAUGCUUGGCGUCUGUUCGAGAGGAUCUACACCUCAGCUGAUUGCGAAGCGCUUACGACACCAUCCGCGAAGGACAUUCGCGAGAUAAAUGAGAGGCGUUUCUUUGGCGAUGUCUUGAAGCAAGUUCUCCUGACCUUCUGCGAAGGGCAAGGCGAGCCAAAAGUCACGCCAACGAGAGUCUUGUUCAAGUACGAGCAGCUCGGCAUCGCCCCUCCAGGAUUGUGGGUCAAGGAAGCCAUCGAGCCUUUGACACAUCAAGUAAUGCUUGCAGCCAAUGGGGCUAGUAAGACUACGCAACGCGAUCUGCCCACCCUGCUAUCCGAGCUCAUCUCAGUCUGGCGGUUGUUCUUCCAGUGUAAAGGAGUUGGCAACGAGACCCUGGAGGCCAUCAGCCCAAAAUGGAACAUCCCUGCCGCUAAUGCUUUACCAAACGUUUUUCAAUCUGACGACUUCAAUUACCGACUGCAGGAUUUCCACCCCAAGGCUGUUGGUAGUCCCACCCUGGGUUUCUGCGCUAUUUAUCUGUUCAACCUCUCUGCAGCUAUAAACGCCAACGAACCUCUCAAGACGCAAGCCGCACCGUUCCUAGAUCUGCUCACACGUGUUCUUUCAGGAUCACGAGCAAACUCUGUGUUGAAACAUGUAGCCUUUUCAGCAGCCUUCAAAGCUCUUCCUCUUCCUGAAGAUGUACAAGUUGAGAUCACAAAGGAGAUCGAGUUCGCGCCUAGAACAGCGCUGAGUGCGUUGGGGCGACAAUUACCCAACCUUAAUGCAGAGCAGCACAGAACCGAUAGGCCACAUGCCACGACCGAUCUGGAGUCGUUCAACCUCAAAGCUAUAGCGCGUGCCGUCGAAUCGAAGACAUCGCCUGUGGUCCUCGAAGGCCACUGGAAACGCAUCGUGAGGGAUUACACCCAGGAUGGCAACACCUCAAUACCACCAAGCAUCUAUAACGCGUUCCUCUCCGGGUAUUUGAUCCUGCGACAAGCUCCACGAUCCGUCGAGGUUUGGAACCAUAUGAUGACACAUGGUGUCGAGCCGCAGCUGCCAACAUGGGUUGCAAUGCUGACGGGUUGUGAGAAAGCAAAAGAUCUGGACGGCUUCAAUGCCAUGUGGCAGCGUAUGUUGAGCUCGGGGGUCGAACCAGACGCUUAUGCCUGGAACACACGGGUACAUGGCUUAAUGAGUUUCCGUCAGAUCGAACUCGGUCUCAGAGCUCUUGACGAGAUGGGUAAUAGGUGGCGUUCGGCGGAAACAGUUAAAAAUGCUGCUCUUUCGAAUUCCAAAAACUCCAAGGGCGCCAAAACUCCUCUCACCAACGCGAAGCUGGUCAAUAACUGCCCCAAGCCAACCGUAGAGGUUGUCAACGGUGCUAUAUCUGGUAUCGUUCAGCUCCCACAAAGCGCUCGUAUACAUCAACAGAAGCGUGUCGACUAUGUGCAGAAGAUCCUGAGAUGGGGGUCACAGUUCGGCAUCACGCCGGACACGUACACCUUUAACAUUCUCAUCCAGCUAUAUUUUAAUGCAGGAGACCAUGUCACGGCCUUCAGGGUGCUCAAACAGAUGGAGCAGAGCGGGAUGCAGCCAGACAUUGCUACAUAUGGUAUGCUUGUUACAGCAGCCUUCGAGAACGGUUCGCUUGACAGCCUGUCCGAGCAAGAUCAAGCAAAUCGGCUCACCAAGAUGUUCGAGGAGCUCGAAGCUGGUGGUUUGCGUCUGAACAAUUACAUCUACGCCACAGCCAUCGACCGCCUGUUGAAGCACUACAAAAGCCACAACGCUGUGCGUGUGCUCAUCGACCACAUGCGCAGCCGCAACCUCUCACCUUCCGCGUACAUGUACACAUCACUCAUCACAUACUAUUUCCAACAGAGCCCUCCAGCCAUCCAGGCCGUUGACUCGCUUCUGCAACAGAUCUUCGACUCGCCGCACUCAGACACCGACAAGGUCAUGUUCGACCGCGCUAUCGAAGGCUUUGCUGUACACGGCGAGGUGGGCAGAAUGAUGAGCGUGCUCACACGCAUGUCCAAGAACGGCAAGCACCCGGGUUUCCAAGCACUCACAGCUGUCAUCAGGGCGCUCGUUGCCGUCGGCGAUGUCGAUCGUGCACGCUUCAUCGUGCGCGAUGUGCAGCGAGGUGAGGGAAUUGCACAUGGCGGCGUCACUGGCGCUUUUAACGAUCAGAAACACUUUUUAUUCGUUGCGCAGAAUCUGGGCAUCGGUGUCGACGAGGAGCGCAUGGGAGACAUG